CUUCUCCAUACAAAUCAGCUUUUUUGCCAAAACCUUUAGCUUGUCAUCAACAACAUGUGUUCAACCAUCUUCACCCGUAAGCCAUAACCCUUUCACGUCAUUGUUGGUGAUGAAGGACGAGGAUAUAAUGGAUAAUUUGAUAAAGAUCUUAGAGGUGGAAUUCGGAUUUGGAGUGGGUUUAUUUGGUGUCAAAGAAGAUGAGGAUGGGGUGGAGAGGAUAGCUGCGUGA